GGUGUUCCGUGUUAAAUAUUCUUUUUAAAAAAUAUCAUUUAGCUUAGACUUCCGUUCGGUGGUCCUCUUCGUUGUCUUUCUUUAUUAUUAACUUAGUUAUAUUAUAUAUUAUAGUAAAAUAGUAACUUAUACAACAUCACCAUGUUUGACGGGUUCCUAGAUGAUUUAAAACGCAUGAACAAGCGUCAAUUCCUCUAUCAAGUCUUAAGUUUUGGUAUGAUAGUUUCAUCGGCCUUAAUGAUAUGGAAAGGUUUAAUGGUGUUUACGGGCAGCGAGAGUCCUAUCGUCGUUGUUCUGAGUGGGAGUAUGGAACCUGCAUUUCACCGAGGUGAUUUACUGUUCCUGACGAACUACGAAGAGGAACCUGUUAGAGUUGGCGAAAUAGUAGUUUUUAAAAUAGAAGGACGUGAUAUUCCAAUUGUACAUAGGGUGUUGAAAUUACAUGAAAAAAACAAUGGUACAAUUAAAUUCUUAACGAAAGGCGAUAACAACAGCGUAGACGAUAGAGGUCUAUAUGCGCCCGGACAACUGUGGCUUGAAAAAACUGACAUGGUUGGUCGAGCACGAGGCUUUUUACCUUAUGUAGGAAUGGUUACGAUUCUGAUGAAUGAAUAUCCUAAAGUUAAAUUUGCUGUUCUUGCUUGUCUUGGGUUGUACGUGUUAGUGCAUCGUGAGUAAAGAAGAGACUGGAUUAAAGAUUACUAGUUAAUCUUUAUUACUUUUCAAGUUGUUAAUUUAACUUUGUAAGUUGUGUUUUUAUUGUGAGAUAACUGUUUAAUAUACUUUUACUGUGGCCUCUCAUCUGUUCAAUCAUUUCCUUUUUUUAAUAUUGUAAAAUAAAUAUAAUUAAAACGCAAUUUUUCUCAUUUUAUAUUAUUAUUUGUCACUGUUAAUAUUAUAUAUUCUUUCAAAUUAAUAUUUUAAUAAUAAUAUAUUACCAAGAAAUUGUUUAUCACAAACUACCUAUUGUAUUUAUUUUAUUGUUGUACAUAUUUAAUAUAAAUUGCAAUUUUUAGGGAAUAAUAUUUUUUUUGUUUAA